GAGCACCCCCAUACCGCAGCUAGUGGAGAGUUUUAGAAAGCAAAGGGCCGACUAUUCAUGUAAUAGUCUGGCAGGGGGUGACAGUAGUAAUAACAGGGAGAUUAAUAGAUCCGUGCAAACGAACCAAGAAGAUAAAAUGGGGGGUCACAAUGACAGCGAACUUUUCAUGGAUAACUACUGCAAGGUUUGCUGUGCCAUGUUGAUCUCAGAAGUACAGAGAACCACACAUUAUGAGAGCAAAAAACACGCCAACAAGGUGCGUUCUUACUUUCAAAUGCAUAAAGAAGAAGGAACACCAUCAAAAAAAAUCAAAACCGAGAAUGUAGCUGUUGGCUUCCAGGAUGCUGGGACAGGAGAAGUGGACAAGAAUAAAUUUUGCAUCUUGUGCAAUAUGGUUUUCACAUCCCCCAUAGUGGCUCAGUCCCAUUACCAAGGCAAAAUCCAUGCAAAGCGGCUCAAACAGCUUGUCGUAGAGCAGCCGUGUGUUACACAGCCACAGACUGUGCUGAGUUCAAUCACAGUGACCACAAAUGUGGCAAGUUCACCUUCAGAGGAAACGUCUAUGCAGAGUGAGCAGCUGGAAAAGGGCGAGCCAGAAGUUGCUCAAGAAGCUGCUACAGCACCUUCAACAGCUUUGGACUUGGAGGAUUCCAACAAAUUCUGCAAAUUGUGUAGUGCCUCUUUUAACAACCCACUAAUGGCCCAGCAACAUUACAACGGCAAGAAGCACAAGAAAAAUGACCUAAGGAGACAACUGAUGGAAGAAAUGGGGAAGGAGACAGAUUCUCCUGAGAAGAAUGUAGGAACAGGUGACUAUCCGUGUGCUAUCUGCAAUGUCACACUCAAUUCCAUUGAGCAGUAUCAGUGCCACCUACAAGGAUACAAGCAUCACUUGAAAGAAAAUAAAGUGGUUAACUUAGUAAAGAAUACAAAGUCAAAGAUCUACGACUCAUUCCAGGAUGAACUCGAUGACUUCAUUAAAGUUCAGAAAGCAAGAGGUCUUGUACCAAAGGUGUCCUUUAGAAAGUUUGAGGACAGUCAGGAAGAUGACACUGUGACCUUGCCUUCAGACAGCCCGCCCCAUUCUCCUGAAUACCCAUUUGAAGAUUUGUCUACAGCCAACGCAGGUGGUCUCCCAGAUGAACACACUUACCCAACAUACAUGGAAAUUGGAGCUAAGCUUUUGCCCGUGAUGCAAAAUGACUAUCUGAGGGACAGGUGCGAACAAAAUAGUGACUUGCAUCUAGAUUGUCACACAGAAAUGCUCCCUUCUCUGAUGCCAACCCAUCCAGAAAAUAUCCAAGGUUCAUCCAGCUUAGAAUCACUCGACGAAUGUAAACCCAUACCCUCUGAUGACAGUGCAGACUCUUCCAAAAAAGACAAGAUUAGGGGGACGAAGAAACACAGAAGGGAUAAAAGAAAUAAGGAGAUGGAAACUAAAAGAGAAAGUGAGCUUCUGAGCUGCAGGGUAGAAAGCCCUGAGGGGCUGUGUCUGGAGCAAGUUAAAGAUCAGUCAAAGCACAAAGCAGAGCAAAGGGAUCGAGAGGAGCUUGUACUGAGCAGAGAAGAAAAGGUAAAACAUAAAAAGGAAAAAAAGGAACUUAAUCAAGAAAAAGAGGAAAUGAAACUAAAACAUAAAAAGCAAAAGAAAAAGAAGGAAAUUGAUACAAGAACUGAAGAAGAAAAACUUUGGGAUGAAUCUAUUUUGGGAAUUUGAUAUAAAGGAACUUUGGGAACUUUGAUGCUUGAUC